GCCAAUUCCAUUUCGAUGGUCGUCACAACACGCUCUCGGUCGACGAAUAACAGCGCUCGCUUUAUCAUCGACACUGUUCCUGAUUCAACUGCUUCAGCUACAGAAUCAGUGGCAGCAGCAGCAGAUGCAGCGGGCUCAGCGCCAGAACCAGCCGAAGUCGCUUCUGCAAAGAUGAUGAGCGAACUCCGAUUCAAACCGCUGUGCCGCUGCCAUGAGGUGCCGCAGUUCCUCCGCCAGAACUUUAUCGAACGUGGCUACCGUGGCGAGAUCAGUGACACGCGCGCCAUCCUGCUGUCGCUCUUCCGCUUGCACAACGAGACCUUCAAUGUCUGGACACAUCUCGUCGCCACCAUCGGCGUCGUCGCGCUGGGCAUCUACACGAUUCUCUACUACUCGUCCAUCGCGACGCUGGAUCAACUCAUUGCGUUUUCACUCUUCUUCCUGUCGGCCGGGGCGUGCUUCUUGCUGAGCUCCAUUUAUCACCUGUUUAGCUGCCACUCUUUCGCCGUCUAUCGCAAGGUCAUUGUGCUCGACUACAUGGGCGUCUUCACCCUCAUUCUCGGCUCGUUCUUGUCCGGCUUGCACUUUUCAUUCCAUUGCUUCCCGACUGCCCGCAUGGUCUACCAAGGCGGAAUAUUGCUGCUGUGUCUGUCGGGCUGCGUCCUGGCACUGAUGCCAGCGUUCGACGCCCCGCAAUUUAAACUAUGGCGCGUGGCGUCCUACGUGGCCACCGCCGGGUUUGCCGUCUUCCCACUGGUGCAUGGCGCAUUCCUCUUUGGGUCUGAAAACACUUGGCGCUGGUGGAGUGUUCUUGCGCUGUAUGGGCUUGGGCUAUUCUUUUAUGUGUCCAAGUUCCCAGAAAGCAAGUUCAGAGGGCGGUUUGACAUCUUUUUCGCCAGCCAUCAGAUCUGGCACGUGUGCGUCGUGUUGGCAGCGUUCUGGCACUACUGCACGCUGCAUCAUUUCCUGCACCGCAUCACCACCGAGUCGUGCGAUCAAUUUGUGUAAAUGUAAGGCGUGGGUUUUCGCUGGACGGAAAUCCCUCCUUUGGUUUUUAUGGCGUAGAGCGGAGUUUUGUCAAUGUAAAAAUGAAUAUGGUUUUAGUACAUCUUCGUACAAUGUCAC